AUGGACAGCGCAGCGGAUCGACCUCCUAGCAGAGAAGAGGAGGAACCAUCCUACAUUGACUACGAGACCUUUGUAGCUCCAGACUUCAGCCCCGCCUCCUUCGCCAACACCCUCGUCCUCUCCACGAACAAUGCCAACGACACCCCUCUCGAUCUAUCCACCCCUCUGUCGCGCGUCUUGUUCGACAUACAGGAGAUCGAUUCCCACAUCGACCUGCUGACCACCAGGUCCGCCAUACCUCUCCUCUCCCAUACCAAGGAACAGACAGAAGCAUCUGGCAGGAUUGUCUCGGAGGUCGACGGCCAGAUCAAGAGCCUGAACGACAGCUACCAGCAGCUCGAGAAGGAGGUCAUCCAGAAGCAUGCCGAAGCGGACGAGGUCAAGCAGGUUGCCAGCCGUCUAUGGGAUACACUGAGGCUAGGCCGGGCGGUCGGUCGGUGUCUGCAGCUCGGCCGGCAGCUCGAGGUCCAGCACGCAGAGCUGGCGCCGGGCACCAAGAAGGAAGACCACCGGAUACUGGUAAGGUGCACGCACACGAUACUCGCCCUGCGGGAGAUCCUUGAACACAAGGGCCACGGCGAGGAAGGGCAGGGGCUAGACAGGGUAGAUGCCAUCCGGGCGCUGCAGGAUGUUGUUACGGUCCCGAUAGAGAAAUCCGUGAGGGAGACUGCAGAGCGGAUCAUACGCGAAUUUUCCAUGGGCAGUACCGCCGGGUCCUCCACCUUCGCGCAGUCCGAGGAGGCCAAGGCCAGGACGAUCUCUGCGCUGACCACGCUGUAUCUGCUGUCGCCGACGGCACUGGCCAAGGGCGAGAAGUGGGCACCGACGUGGAUGCUGCUUGCCCUCGAGGUCUAUCUGAAGACGUCGCUGCAGAGCAGUAUCGCCUCGCUGCACCGCUCACUCGCUGCACUGCCCACACUCGACCGGACCCUGGCGGAGGUCGCUGCGCGGUGUCAGAACAUUGUCGCCCUCGAGAUUGUGCUGGAGUCUACCAAAGCUCCAGCGCAUCCUUUGCUGCCAAAUCUGGCGACAGAGAAGGGGCUUGGCAACAUCUUGCAGCCACUGCUUGGCUACCUCGAGACCGGCUCGCUGCCCAGCUAUUUUUGGAGGACAAUGGCGGGCAGCCUGUCGACGCGGGUUCAGGAGAUUCUGAACAGGGGCGGCGUGUCCGCAAGGACGCUCAGGACCAACAGGGACACCGUGGCAUCGGCUAUCAGAGAAUGUGUUGUCAAAGGCUGUCAACCGCCAAGCACACUUGCAAAGAAAGGCGAAAAAACUGGCAAUUGGGACCGUGAGGUUGCGGUUAUGCUGAGCAGCGUUGUUGGAAACUUGGGUCGGUGACAACAGUGUCAUUACCUCUCUCCAGUAACCUCGAAUAAGUUACACUUGACUGCUGAUACCCCUUGCAAAUUUAUCAACUGCUAGCUGU